AUGAGCAAACGAACUUUGUUUCUACAAGGACUUCUCAUUGUACUCGUCGUAUUGGGCGUUACCGCAGUGGAAGAUGCGGCAAAAAGCGACGGGGGCGCUCAGGAUAAAGGGAAGCCCGUUGCCUUUCAGGCAGAGGUAAGCAAGAUGCUUGAUAUUCUUAUCAAUUCACUUUACACCAACCGUGCCGUGUUUUUGCGUGAAUUGAUUUCUAAUGGAAGUGACGCACUCGACAAGAUUCGCAUGUUGUACCUCACCGCACCGAAGGAGCCUGUAAACAAGGAUGGUGUGGCCCCUACACUGGACAUGCAUGUGUCUAUUGAUCCAUCCAACAAGACACUCACACUGCGUGAUGGUGGUAUUGGUAUGACACGUGAGGAGUUGGAAAACCAUCUUGGAUCCCUUGGCACGUCCGGCACAAAGCGAUUCAUGGAGAAGUUGCAGGAAUCAAAGGAUGCAAGUCUCAUUGGUCAGUUCGGUGUGGGAUUCUAUUCCGCUUUUCUCGUCGCCGACCGCGUUCGUGUGGCAUCUAAGAGUGAUGAUAGCGAUAAACAGUGGGUAUGGGAAUCUGCCGGUGAUGGACAGUACUAUAUUUACGAAGAUGAACGCGGUAAUACGUUGGGACGUGGUACGGAAAUCACUCUGGAGAUGAAACCGGAUGCGCUGGAGUUUCUUAACAGUGAUAAUGUGAGGCGUAUUGUACAUCAGUACAGUGAGUUUGUACAUUUUCCUAUUUAUAUGGAAAAGGGAGAUAAGUGGGAAGUGGUGAAUGAGAAUAAACCCAUUUGGACACGCAAACCUUCAGAGGUGACGGAAGAAGAAUAUGUGAAGUUCUACAAGGCUCUCACUCAUGACUACCGUUCUCCUAUGUACUACUCUCACUUUACUGUUGAAGGUGAGGUGGAGUUUAGCUCUGUCCUUUUUAUUCCAGAGGAGGCAACCCAGGACAUCUUUAUCAACAAUGAGAAUACACGUGAUAAUAUUAAGUUAUAUGUACGUCGUAUUUUUAUUACAGAUGAAUUUCGUGAGCUUCUUCCUCGUUAUUUGAGUUUUGUGAGAGGUGUUGUUGACAGUAAUGAUCUCCCUCUUAAUGUCUCACGUGAGGUUCUACAGGAGAGUCGAAUCUUACGUGUGAUCAAGAAGAAAUUGGUACGCAAAGCCCUUGGAAUGAUUUCAGAAAUUGCAGAGACGGAUGCUCGUAUUAAGGAUGAAAUGAAAGAUAAACCCAAGGAUGAAAAUAAGACAGAAGAUAAGGGUAGUAUAAAACAUCCAAAGGAACCACUUUAUCCAAAAUUCUGGGCACAAUUUGGUAAGCAUAUUCGUCUUGGUAUUCUUGAGGAUGCAAAUAACCGUGGUCGCCUUGCAAAAUUGCUCAGAUACGCCUCUAGCAAGAGCAAUGGUACCCUUAUCAGUCUGCAGGAGUAUACAGACCGUAUGAAGCCUGAUCAGAAGAAUAUUUACUACCUUACCGGAGACUCUGUUGAUAAAAUGAAACAAUCACCGCAUAUGGAGGAGGCAUUGCAACGCGAUGUGGAGGUUAUAUUUAUGACAGAUGCCAUUGACGAGUAUGUCGUGGGUCAAAUUCAUGACUUUGCCAAUAAAAAACUUAUUAACCUUGCUAAAGAAGGUGCUCAAUUUGACGAACAAACAGAUAAAGAAAAGGCUAUUGAAAAGAAACGUAUAGAGAAGUACCGGCCUCUUACAGAUCGCCUUGCCCGCAUGUUCAAGCGUAGUAAUGUGCGUAAAGUGAUCUUGACAAAACGUCAAACUUCAGAGCCCUUUAUUCUUUCCUCUCAGGAGGGUGAGCUGACAGCACGUAUGGUGAACAUUAUGAAUCAGCAAGCCAUUUCAUCCAUGCAGCAGAUGCACCACACUCGUGUGUUGGAGAUUAACUACCGUCACCCACUUGUGCAGGAUCUUCUUAAACGAUUUGAGGCAGACCCGAAGGAUCAAGUGGCUGUUGACGUCGCGUGGGUACUUUUCGGCACUGCCAACCUGCAGGCGGAGUUCCCCAUCACAGAUCAGGCCAUGUUUGCAAAACGUAUGAAUCGUCUGCUGCGCGGCCGUGUGGGCAUUUCCACAGACGAUACUCUGUUGCCCCCGGAUGAUGAUGAGUACGAUAUCUCAGAUGUGAAGCCCGACACAGCGGCCACCGAUGAGAAUGUGUUGCUUCCCAUUGAUAAGGAAACCGAUGAGAUACCAGAAGCAGAAAAAGAAGGGUCCACGGAGGGAACAAAAACAGCUGCAGAAGGAAGCACGGAAGAAAAGGAAAAGGAAAAGGAAAAGAGUAAAGAGGAUGCAGCUGCCCAAGAUGCCGGUGACCUGUAG